CAAGGCUCAGUGAACCUAUAGCUCUGUAAACUAACGUAUUCUCUCCGAUAACUUAUACUCGAUGACGAACUUUGUGGAUUUUAAUCAGGUCGAGUCCAAAAUGGAAAAAAGCGUAAUAUCUCAGUUUUUCAAUGGCCGAUCCGUAUUCGUCACUGGAAGUACGGGUCUCAUGGGAAAAGUGCUCGUCUGGAAGUUAUUGUACAGCUGUCCGGGAAUAAAGAAUAUUUUCGUGUUGAUAAGAUCGAAAAGAGGCAAAUCUGCUCUUUUGCGAUACCAAGAAAUCAUAAAAGCGCCGUUGUUUGAUUCCAUUAGGAAAACGAAUAAAUCGCUGUUGUCUAAGCUACAAGUUGUGUGCGGUGAUGUGGGUCUGGAGGGACUGGGAAUCACACAGGAAAUGAAGGAAAGGCUGAUAUCUGAAGUUUCUAUUGUUUUUCACGGAGCUGCUACGUUAAACUUGGACGCAUCACUGACUGAAGCUAUAAACUUGAACACWACUGGAACAUUACGCAUGCUCGAAUUGUGCUCAGACAUGAAAAAUUUAGAGGCUUUCGUACAUUUCUCCACGGCGUUUUGUCACGUAGACUUGGAAACGUUAGACGAGGAAGUGCACAAAUCGACUUUCGAYGUAUACAACAUAAUGAGRUUACCAUCUUGGCUCAACGAAAACUCCAUCAAGAUGGUCACGCCUCACUUGAUAAAUCCACAUCCGAACACUUACACAUUUUCUAAACGCYUGGCCGAAGAUAUUGUCAGAGAUUUUCAUCCCCAGCUUCCGGUCGUCAUCGCAAGGCCUUCAAUAGUGACGCCAGCGCUCAAGGAACCUUUGCCCGGUUGGGUGGACAAUCUGAACGGGCCCACAGGAAUAUUGGCCGCAGGCGGCAAAGGCGUGCUCCGGUCCGUACUUUGCAAUUCGGAAUACACCACCGAAGCCGUGCCGGUGGACUUUGCAAUUAAUGCUGUGAUCGUAAUCGCGUGGAAAACAGCAAUCACCAAACAAAAGACCAACAUUAUUCCCGUGUAUAAUUUGACACAGCACAAUCUGAACCCAAUGACUUGGGGUGCCGUUAUGGCCAAAGGUAGAGAAGAGACUAUGAAAAACCCGUUCGAGCUCAUGUUGUGGUAUCCUACAGGGUCAAUGACGUCAAACCGAUUCAUUCACACUUACAAAGUGAUAUGUUACCAUUGGAUACCGGCCUACCUUAUCGACGGAAUUUUGUUUUUGCUCGGUCAAAAGCGUUUUAUGGUCAGAGUUCAGCAAAAGAUAUCGGAUGGCCUUCGUGUCCUCCAAUAUUUCACGUUGCGUAAUUGGGACUUCACAAAYGACCGACUGUUAGCGCUCCGGAAUAGCUUGUCUGAAGUGGACCGGGAAACGUUCAGCAUAGAUUUCGAGAAAAUGGACAUGGAUGUUUAUUUCAGAAAUUGUAUCCUGGGCGCCCGUCAGUAUUGCCUGAAGGAAGACCCUGCGUCCAUACCCAAGGCCAGGAAAACUCUGAAAGUACUUUACGUGUUGGAUUUGGUGGUGAUAUACCUGAAGUACGCUCUUGUCGCCUGGCUGCUGUACAAGGUGUACAAAAUGGUGUCUGCGRUCGUGUGAAUCUUGACGAUAUAUUUUCGCAUGGUAUAUUAUUAUUAUUAUUACCUUAUAUUACCUGUAUUGUUAUAAUUUUUCGAUUAACGUAUCGUUUCCCGUAUUAUUAUCGUAUUCCUGCAGACAUCCACGAAAGGGUUGUUAAUUUCCUAUUUAUUAUUGGUCAAACGGAUCUAUCGGCCAUUYAAUAUUAUUAUCGUAAUAAUAAUAUAUAGUUCGACGCCCCGACAUUAUCUUUUCGUACCAGGUCCCAAAUUAUUAGAUUUCAAAACAUUUAAGUAAGAAAUGCAACUAUGACUCCCGUUUAAUCACACGACUGUUGACGUUUUUAAACGACAGCGCUCUAGGCGUUURUGCGUGCCGUAGGGGUGAGUUAUURUUAUUAUUAUUAUCUUGUUGUAAUUGACACUUGCCAGAUUUCCAUGUUAGUCGUUGACGAAUUACUUACGAUGAUAUGGUGCAAUCGGCAUCGUCCACACGCCGUUUGAACUAACUUUWAUUAAAAUUUCUUCCUACAGMGUUUGUCUGAUAUAAUAUUAAAUAUCAUCCUUUCAAUAGUYGCUUCACCAACGCCAUAGGAUAUAAUUCAGGCACUAUCAUACUUUUUUAGGCGUGUAUAUAAUAAAGUGUAGUUUUAGACAUAAAUUUGAAUAAUAAAUGUAGAGAUAUCUUAGGCAUUAUAAUUUWUAGGCACACAAAACUCUUCACGGACAAUAUCUUAGCUCAAACCAGUUUUCGUAUUAAAUUUCUCGUUAAGGAGAUAACGUCCUCCAAAAAUAUAUCCAAUGUGCACACGUUUUGUUGCUAAUAUAACUUUAUAAUUUUAAAAUAAAUGUAGUUAAAUGGUGGUUAUUAUAUUGUAGUAUAUUAGAAUAUUAUGUCAUCGAUCAAUCAUUUCGGCAAUAAUGGCAAGUUAUGGAAAGAGUAACGGAUGUUAUGUAAUGGAGUGUUUAAUUAUAUAUAUAAUAUAACAUAGGUACUCUAUUUUACAAAAGAUUUUUUGUUGCUAACUGGCUAUUUGAAAUGUUUUUAAAAUGAGGAAUCAUUUAGAGAUGUAUUUGUUAUCGUUGUUAUUGUUAUAGUUUUCGGUUACUAUAUAAUUAUUAUUA